AUGGCGACGUCCACUCAGAAAGUUGUCAUAGUUACCGGUGCGAUUUCUGGCAUCGGGGCGGUAUUGACAACAUACCUCCUACAAGACGGAUGGACUGUUGUCGGCGUCGACGUGGCCGACUCUUGUGAUCCAAAGAUCGCCGAAGAGUUUGGAAAGUCCUUCUCCUAUCGCACAUGCGACGUUUCCAACUACGAUGCGCUGGCAGAGACCUUUGCACAGGUGUUUGCACAGUUUGGACAGAUCAAUGCGUUCUGCUCCAAUGCUGGUAUAAUCGAUAGAAGCUCGGUCUACAUCUACAGCCACCGUGGAAAAACUAGCAUUCCCCCCAAGCCUGACCUCGCCUGCACAGCGGUUUGCUACCAUGCUUUGAUCUAUGGAACUCAGCUUUCAAUCCACUUCAUGCGACAGAACCCGACCCCGGGAGGUUUCAUCGUCUGCACUUCAAGCAUGGUGGGAUAUCAUCCCAUUGCUACUUUCCCCGAAUAUUGUGGAGCCAAGUCUGCCAUGAACGCAUUUGUGAUUUCAACGGCCCCUGUCCUCAAGCUGAAGGAAAACAUAACGAUUAACGCUGUGCUGCCGGGGAUCGUCCCAAGCCAGUUCAUUUCUCAAGAGAUGCGUGACACCUUUGGUGCCGAUGGGUUGACCCCGAAGGAGACUAUUGCUGCGGCGUACAUGAAGUGCCUGCAUGAUCGCAGUCUGAAUGGAGAACUGAUCGAGUGUUCGAGGGACAAGCAUUUUGUGCUCCCACGACCGGGCUACGCAGACGGAGAGACUUCCAAGCGCACCUGCACUGUAUAUGACCCAUAUUUCGUACAAGUUCACGGGGAAUCUUCCCAGCUUGAGGAUAUAGUUAGACGACGUAACUGA